AACUCUACUAUUCAAUGAAGCUUCUAAGCGUGACUGUAAUAAAUGCUGUUUUGUUUCAGUGUCUACUAUGAUCAGCGUCAUCCUAUCAUUGAGUUCCUGCGUUCAAACUGGAUUAGGUGACGUAAGGUUCGUCCGUCAAGUUCCGGAAAUGGACGAAUCCGACGGCGUGAGCGUAGACGUGUACGAUGGCGAGCCGAUCCCCGAUGCUUGCAGACCCUUCGUGAACGUUUCGGCCACCAGCAAGGUGUUCUACAGUCCCGGCUAUCCGGCCGAUACUUACACCAACAAUACAGAAUGCGUUCUUGUACUCAGAGGUAAGUGCUUACCUAUAUCACCAGUCUUCCUCAUGCAUCUUCUAUGA